AUGCCUCCUGCCGUGGCAUCCCGAGGUGCCGCCCCACUUGACGCACCUCACAAUUCCAGUCCUGAACAUCAACAUCGAUACAUGGAUACAAUUACGACCAACCAACAGGAUCUCUCCAACCUCUCCCCAGAAGAAGCGCAAAGACGUCGUCGAGAGUGGAACCGUGGACCCUUAGAAGACCUCUUCCCUCGAAUACCCCAAGUCGCUUUGGAGCGAGUCCUAGAUAUCUGCAUUGACAAAGACUUCACAUACAACCUCAGCCAAUCCAAAUUCUGGAAUGCAAGACGAUACACCAGCAUCGUCGUCGCCAAUGUGAGGCACUUCUACACCGACUAUGAUAAGCUUCUCCGCGAAGAACGACUUGAGCGGUACGAGGCUCGAAGGGCGACUGCGCAGAGUGUGUGGAAGACUUUGAGGGAGUGGUGUCCCUGGGAUAGUAGCAAUGAAGCUCUGCAACGUUGCUUCGAGGCCUCGAUCGUGCCGCCGUGGGAGCGCGAUCCGACCUGGGAUCCAAUGGACAUCGACGAGUCUGACGAUGAGGGUCAGGAUGAGCACGAUGUGCUGGCAGACCCCAUGGACCUUGACUGA